GGCUGGGAAGAGGCGCCAUAUUGGCGUCGGCCGCGCUGUAUUGUCAUAAAUAGAGCCGGUUUUCUGGUGUUUUCACUACUCGGUUGGAUGCCUCGGCCGUAGUAAGUGAGACAGUGAGCGAGCAAGCGAGCUCCAAGCGAGCGGAGGAAAGUGGACAGGAGGAGAAGGGAAGAGCAAGAACAGGACUCCAGAGCGAAAGACUCGCCGGUGAGGGAGGCGCAGGAAGCGAUGAAAGAGAUGUCUGCAAACACCGUGCUGGACAGCCAGCGUCAACAAAAGCAUUAUGGAAUCACCUCUCCAAUUAGCUUGGCAUGUCCAAAAGAAAUUGAUCAUAUUUACACACAGAAAUUAAUUGAUGCCAUGAAACCAUUUGGAGUAUUUGAAGAUGAGGAAGAAUUGAACCACAGGCUGGUUGUUCUUGGUAAACUGAACAAUUUAGUAAAAGAAUGGAUUUCUGAGGUCAGUGAGAGUAAGAAUCUCCCACCUUCUGUUGUGGCUACUGUUGGUGGAAAAAUUUUCACCUUUGGCUCCUAUAGGCUUGGAGUACACACCAAAGGAGCUGACAUUGAUGCACUUUGUGUUGCUCCAAGACAUGUGGAGAGAUCUGAUUUUUUUCAGUCUUUUUUUGAAAAAUUGAAACAUCAAGAUGGCAUUAGAAACUUAAGAGCUGUAGAAGAUGCCUUUGUGCCUGUUAUAAAAUUUGAAUUUGAUGGAAUUGAAAUUGAUCUAGUCUUUGCAAGACUGUCAAUACAAACCAUAUCAGAUAAUUUAGAUCUAAGAGACGACUCUCGACUGAGAAGCCUUGAUAUAAGGUGUAUUCGCAGCCUAAAUGGGUGUAGAGUUACUGAUGAAAUUUUGCAUUUAGUGCCAAAUAAAGAAACUUUCAGACUCACCCUAAGAGCAGUCAAACUAUGGGCAAAACGACGUGGUAUUUAUUCCAACAUGUUGGGAUUCCUUGGUGGUGUCUCCUGGGCAAUGCUAGUUGCAAGAACUUGCCAAUUAUAUCCAAAUGCAGCAGCUUCUACUUUAGUUCAUAAGUUCUUCUUAGUUUUUUCCAAGUGGGAAUGGCCAAAUCCUGUGCUGCUAAAGCAACCGGAAGAAAGCAAUUUGAAUUUGCCAGUUUGGGAUCCUCGGGUAAAUCCAUCAGAUAGGUAUCAUCUCAUGCCCAUAAUCACCCCUGCCUACCCACAACAGAAUUCUACGUAUAAUGUGUCCACAUCAACUCGAACAGUAAUGGUAGAAGAAUUUAAACAAGGUCUCGCAGUCACAGAUGAAAUUCUUCAAGGGAAAUCAGAUUGGUCCAAACUCCUUGAGCCACCAAAUUUUUUCCAAAAGUAUAGACAUUAUAUAGUAUUGACUGCCAGUGCAUCAACAGAAGAAAAUCAUCUAGAGUGGGUUGGAUUAGUAGAAUCUAAAAUACGUGUACUUGUUGGAAAUUUGGAACGGAAUGAAUUUAUUACUCUUGCCCAUGUAAAUCCCCAGUCAUUCCCAGGAAAUAAGGAACAUCAUAAAGACAACAAUUACGUAUCAAUGUGGUUCCUUGGAAUAAUUUUUCGGAGAGUAGAAAAUGCAGAAAGUGUUAAUAUAGACUUGACAUAUGACAUACAGUCAUUUACUGAUACAGUGUACAGACAGGCAAACAAUAUAAACAUGCUAAAGGAGGGAAUGAAAAUUGAAGCAACUCAUGUUAAAAAAAAACAACUUCAUCACUACCUUCCCGCAGAGAUUCUUCAGAAGAAGAAAAAGCAAAGUCUUUCUGAUGUCAGUCGAAGUUCAAGUGGACCUCAAUCCAAAAGAUCAUCUCUGGAUAGCAAUUGUUUGGAUAGCUCCAGAGACACUGAUAAUGGAACACCUUUUAAUUCCCCAGUGUCUACAAACAAGCCUUCCAAGCCUGAUAGUCCUCCUUCAGCAGAGACAGAAAGGAAUAAUGCUGAGCCUGCUGCUGUAGUUGUGGAAAAGCCACUGACUGUCCCGCCAGCCCAAGGACUGUCUAUUCCCGUCAUUGGUGCAAAAGUUGACUCUGCAGUAAAAGCUGUAUCACCUCCAGCUGUGUGUACCAUUCCUACUGUAGUAGGACGAAAUGUCAUUCCUAGAAUCACAACACCCCACAGCCCUGCCCAGGGGCAGCCACAUCUAAAUGGAAUGUCAAAUAUAACUAAGAAUGUUACCCCCAAAAGAUCCCACUCCCCAUCCAUAGAUGGGUCUUCUAAGAGGUUGAAAGACAUAGAAAAGUUUAUUCGACUUGAAUCAACGUUUAAGGAAUCACGUGCUGCUGAGGACAGAAAAAGAAAAUCAGUGGAUGCCAUUGGAGGAGAAUGUAUGCCUAUUCCAACUAUUGAUACAUCACGCAAAAAGAGACUGCCCAGUAAAGAACUACCAGAUUCAUCAUCUCCAGUUCCAGCAAAUAACAUCCGUGUCAUCAAAAAUUCCAUUCGACUGACCCUAAAUCGAUGCUGUAGCAUUCUCUCAUUGAUUGCUACAUACAGUUCUCUGAGGAUGACCUGCUAUCAAAUUAUCAUCUACAAUAUUAUGGCUUUGCGUUGGAGGUUUUACUGCCUUAACUUUCGAUGCUUGUUUCUCUGUUGUGGGAACCAGUUCUUGGCUCUCUGGACACUGAUAAAACAAGUCCUGAACACCGCCCCCCUCUUUUUUUUAAGUCUUAUGUUGUAAUCAUUGUAUAGAACUAAAAAAGUUGAAAACAAAAAAACAAAACAAAAAAUGUAAUUUUCCAAAUGUUAACACAUUUACUUUAUCAUUGAAGCCACUUUGUGACACCUGAGAUAAAUGAAUGUGAGGUAUCUUCUCUGCUUUCCUCAUUUGUGUAGAUGUACUUAUGUCUGUUCUGUUGAUUUAAGUUAUUUUUUCUUGGAUUGGCACACGGAAUAUUUAACUUUUUAUUGUGCCUUUCUAUCCAAAUGUUGCAUAGUUACCAGGGAGGAUUAGUCCAGUGAUUACAUAAGAGUUGGGCACCAUAAAUUCUCUAUAUUUUGCCUCCCAUGGAGGCCUUUGAAAUGCAUCUUUAUUAAGAAUCAAAAUAUGACCAGGAUACUGAAAGUCAGUAUAUGAACGGUGAAAUUGUUACAUAUCCUAUCUCAUGCCAUUUCUUGUUAGUUGACUGGUAUUUUUUACUGAGGAGCAACUCAUUCCGGCAUCAACAGUAAGAUGCCUUUAAGUAUGGCAAACUUGUAUUUUUGAAGUGUACGAUUAACUUGGCAUGAUACUUCCUGACCAUUACUUACCGCCACAACUUCAAACAGUUCCUUCGUGGACUAGGCAUGCAGAAAUGAGCAGUGGAUUUUAUUGAAACCUAAAGGCAUUUUUGAAUGACAUUGUUACCAACCAUUAAUUGGCUCAGGACCUUUGUAAUUUUUAUUUAAAUAUAUGAGUUGUCUUUUUUUACACUGCUUUUUUCAGUGCAUUUCUUAAUAUUUUUUAAGUUUCAUGAACGCAUGCUCCAUUUAUUAAAAUCCAUAACCAUGUAAUUCUUCUUGUAAUAUGUUGAUUCAGUGUUUUGUAAAUGAAGUCGUAUGUAUUUUCAGAGUAUUUUUGUAUGUACUGUAAGAUACCAUCUUUUC